CUAAUACGUCCAAAUGUCCUGGACAUAAAAAUUUUAUGUCCAUGUCCGUGGGACAGUCCGGGAACGGACAGUCCAUGUCCGUGUUCAUGUCCCAUGACAAUACUGCCUUUACGUCUGUUUUAAAG